AUGUACUUUGAGGACAAAAAACUUGCUAAAAAAGAUGUCGACCUACCUGGAUUUGGCUUUCUGUCAGCUCAACCUGGAAGCAGCAAACGAAGACCGUGUGUGUGCUACGGCUUUACGCAUAAGAGUUUUCAAGAAUUCUUUGCGGCACAUUAUCUUUGUUGCCAACUUGUGAGCAAGGAAACCAGUCCUGAAAUAUUGGUCACCGACACAAGAUAUUUCCGAGAGCUUAGAGAGGUAUUGAAAUUUACAUGCGGUCUACUAACAGUUAGGUGUGAAGAAAGUGCAGUAGCCCUUAUCAGCUGCAUAGCGAAUGAGGUAAACAAAGCUGAGGUGAAAGAAUGUUUGCUUGUUGCACUUGAGAGCAUUAAAGAAUGCAAAAUUGAAAACAGUUAUUUUCAUAUAGAAUUGGCACGUACAUUUGGCACAUGUCUGGAACUUCAACAGGCUCAGAAUCUUCAACAGCAAGGUAUAGAUGA